AUGCGUUUCUCGAAAAUUUUCGCUGCCUCUCUGGUGGCACCACUUGUUGCUGCCCAUGGCGACAUCCAAGGAGCUCCUAAGCUCUUUGGUAUGAAGAACUUGAGGGCCAGGAACCCGUUCGCUGGUCACUCACACGUUGGUCACGCUGCAGGUUCCCAACUCCAGGCUCGUCAAGGCGGCGAUGUUGAAGGUCGGUGUGGUCCUGAGGUUGGCGGUAUUUCCUGCGACGACGGCUUUUGCUGCUCUACUGCGGGAUACUGUGGUGUCGGUAAAGAAUACUGCGCCGCUCCUGAUUGUCUCAUCGACUUUGGCCCGGGUUGCGAUGCAAACAAGACUCCAUACGGAGCAUCCACCGCUAAGGAUGCUCGGCCCCAGCUCGGAGACAUCGAAUAUGGUGGCGUCGGUAUUCGCGAGUGCUUGAAUCCCAAGCAGGUCGCUAUUACUUACGACGACGGUCCAUACAUCUACACCGAGGAUGUACUGAAGCAAUUCAAAAAGUACAAUGCUCGUGCUACUUUCUUCAUCACUGGCAACAACCUUGGCAAGGGCUCCAUUGAUGAGAACUGGGGCGGUGUCAUCUCUCAGAUGUACGCCGAAGGCCAUCAGAUCGCUAGUCACACUUGGUCUCACCAGAACCUUGACAAGAUCACCCAUGAACAGCGCGUCGACCAAAUGGUAAAGAACGAAAUGGCUAUACGCAACAUCAUCGGCAAAUACCCGACCUACAUGCGCCCUCCUUACUCUGCAUGCGAGAGCGCAGCAUGCCAAGCAGACAUGAAGGCUCUUGGAUACGUUGUCACCUCUUUCGAUCUCGACACCGACGACUACAACCAGCUCACCAAGGAGAAGAUCCAGGUCGCCAAGGACAACUUCAAGAAGGGUGUUGACACCGCGGGUGUCAACGGAGACGGCGCUCUCCAUCUCCCACGACAUCCAUGA